AGUCAGUCAGUAGACGCGGUCGGGUCUGGUCCAGGUCGCCGCGCGCUGCGCUGCCGUCGCUCGCGAGGUCGCCCGUGCGCCGCGUGUUCGAGAACGCGAUGCGCCGCGCCGCGUAGAGUGUGUGUGAUACUACAAGAGUUACUGUGAGCCCCAGCGAUCAUGCAGCACCCGCAGGUGUCGUGGCUGCUGCCGUGGGGCGUGCCCGUGCACAGCGUGCACCACAUGCACCACCACCACCCCGCCCUGCAGGGCCUGCAGCAGGGCCUCCAGCAAGGCCUGCAGCAGGGCCUCCAGCAGGGCAUACAGCAGGGCCUGCAGCAGGGCCUGCACCACCUCGGCGCCGUGGGCGUCGGCCCCGUCGGCCACACGGUCGGGCACGCGGUGGGCGGCCACCCCGGCGUGCACGGCCCGGUGCACGGCAUGGCGCUGGGCAUGGCGCCCGCGCCGCUGGCCGCCCUCCGGUCCUUCGUGGCCACCCAGCAGCAGCACCAGCAGCAGCAACAGCACCAACAGCAGCACCAGCAGCAGGCGCCGGCGAACAACGGGCGGGGCGUCCCGCGCAUGAAGGUGACCCUGAACUACGAGCUCACGCCGUCUUCCUCGGGAUCCUCACCUCAACAGGCCGAGGCCUCCGGGUCGGACUUCUCGUUGGCGGCCACACAGAAGAGGAAAGCGGACGAGGGCGAACCCAACAAGGACUUGAAAAAGCUGUGCAAGCCGCAUAAAAUUAACGCCGUGGACUGGCCGCUCACCUGUGUUUUUGCUCCUUUACUUUUUGGGGAACGCUCAUCCCCGCAGUGGGCGCGGGUUGAAUUAAUACCCUCAUGGGAAGUGUGGGACAGCAAUCGUAUUUUCUCUAAAAGCAAUUCCUACGUCACUUGCGACUUGAAAAUCGUGCGAGUCAUGUUGUCAGGUCCCGGCCUUCCGAGGCGUUUGGAGGUCGAGUUUGCGGAGGAUUAUAUUUCCGAGUAA